UCCUGUUGGAGCCCGCAGGACCCACCUGCUUCCUGCAUUGGUGCCGCCUGCCCGGGGUUCCUCGCCGGAGGAAGGACGUAGAAUGGAGCCCGGAGAGAGAGGACGAGAGGCAGAGGGAGGUCCUUCCCGGGAGGUGGAAGCGGGCAAGGAGAAGCCGCGCAGAGUCAUUCACUUUGCGAGCGGAGAGACCAUGGUUGAGAGCAGCAGCGAGGAGGAGCUGGAAGAGGAGCAGCCAGUGCAGCGAGUCGACCCUUCCACACUCCCCUGGAGACACUUCCUGUGGUUCUGGGUGACUCACUUUGCCAGAAGAUCCUUAUUCACCUGUGACUUUCUUGGAGAGAAACUGGCCGACUUGUUCGGACUGACGACAGCCAAGUACCAGUACGCAGUUGAUGAAUACUUCACUGUUCAAGACCAGAAAGAUGAAGAUGGAGAAGAGGUCACAGAAAUGGAGGAGAUAGAAGUUAAUGAGAGGAAGCAUCUGCCCCUCCAGACGUCUGAAUACGGGACUUUAAAUACAGCAGAGAGUCCAGGAAUCAACAGCAGGGCUGAGUACAAGCACCAAGUAUCGUACACCAACGAAGUACUGGAAGACAACUAACCCCAUCUCCCACCAAUCCACCUUGGGUCUAAUUGCCUCCCUCGCCAAUGGUUGCAGCUCUUUAAAAGUGAUUGACGUGAGGGCAUAAACUGGGACAAAAAGUAUCCUCUAGUCUGCUCCUCCUCUUCCAUUGGGGGUCAUCUCACAGGCUAUGCAUCCAUCACUGCCAACCACCCUGCAAUAGAGUUGUGUGAUAGUGUAGUGGUCAAGUCCAGGUCAUCGACCCAGGACGUUGACUUUGCUUCUCUCUCCACAGAUGCUGCCUGACCUACUGACAGUUUCCAGCACUUUUUUUGUUUUGCAAUUCCAGCAUCUGCGGUAUUUUAUUUUUAAGCAGCUAAGUUAUUAGUCUUGGUAUCCGAGGAUCCAGAAUUCAAAUCCUGCCAUGGCAACUGAGCCAUUAAAUGUGAAAUUUUACGGGUCAUUCAUGGUGACCAUGAAACUAAUAUUCUUUGUAGAAAGAAAUUAGCUGUCCUUACCUGGCCUGGACUAUGUGCGAUUCCAGUGUAUUAACUCUUACCAUCCUUGAGUUCAGGGGCAAUUGGGGAUGGGCAAUAAAUGCUGGCAGUGCCGUUGAUAUCCGCAUCCCUGGAAUAAGGAAAUGAGAAACAUCUCAUGGGUAUUCUUUGUGCCUGAAAUUCAAAAAAACCCACAGACACUGGAAAUCUGAAACAAAAACAGUGCUGGAAACACUCAGCAGACCAGGCAGCAUCUGUGGAGAGAGAAACAGAGUCAAUGCUACAGUUCGAAGACCCUUACUCGGAACUUUGUGCCUGAGCCUAGCUGCUGAUAAAAGUAUAAGCAACAUCAUGGUGAAGCUCUGUUCUGCCCUGACUUGCUGUUCACACUCAAGCUCUCCAGCACGUUAGCCAUCUCCAUCCUGGAAAGAACAAAGGGAAAUAUAAUGCAGUAUAUUAAUAAAACAAGGAAACCUUCCUGGAUACAAGGGGCAAAGGGAGUAUUGUGGCCCUCAGAAGGUAAGUGGGCACAGAUUUGAACAUUAACAUGGAAAGGGAAGAGUAAAGGGAUAGUAGAAAUCCUUCCCAGAGUCAAUACAGUUAGAAUGGGGACGUUUUGCUGUGAAACUCUACAAUACACUGCCUGAGUGGGUGGUAGAGUUAGAGAUUCCCAUAGCAUUUAUGAAGUAUCUGGAGGAGUGCUUGUAUCACCAAGGCAUAGAUGGCUACGGACCAAGUGCUGGUAAAUGGGAUUAGUAAAAAUGGGUACACAAGAGAGACUGCAGAUGCUGCAAAUCUGGAGCAAUUUACACAAAAUGCUGGAGGAACUCAGCAGGUCAGGGAGCAUCUAUGGAGGGAAAAAUGGGUACUUGAUGAUCACGGUGGGUUGAAGGGCCUUUUUCUCAAUGUCUCAAUAGUUGGUCAAUAGACCAGCUUGCUGAAUUAUCAGCACGUAUCGGAGGCCCUCUUGUCUGCAGAGGAAACAGCAUAACUCAGGACCAGGGCUGCGGCCCUACAGACAGUGACCGUGUCUAUAUGGAGGAGGGAAGCUUUGACAGGAAUUUGCAGGUAGCAAGCCUUUUACCUGGCUUCCAGAUAACACCUGUCCACGGGUUCUACCUCAGUGGAGUAAGUGAUAACCAAUUUCAGCAUCGUGCAAUGUUCCGGGAAGAUUAGUUUUGAUGUUUUGGAUAUAGAACAUAGAACACUGGAAGGACUCAGCACGGCUGACACCAUCUGUGGAGAGAGAAACAGAAACACAUGCAUUAGGAGCAGGUCUCUAGCAACCCAGGUUCGAUCCUGACCACUUACUCCUCCAGCCUGCUGAGCCAUUCAAUAAGAUCGUAGCUGAGCUGAUUGUAACUUGAACUCUGCCUUCCGACCCAGAUGAAGAAUCUCAACUCAAAACGUCGACUGUCCAUCCCCCCCCCCCCAGAGAUGCUGCCUGACUGCUGAGUUCCCCCAGCAGCUGUUUUUUUGCUGCAGCUUCCAGCAUCUGCAGUCUCGUUUCUGCAUUCCUGUCUAACCUUUCACCCACCCCCUUGCUCAUUCAAGAACCUACCCACCUCCGCUUUAAAAAUAUUCAAAGAUUCUACCUCCAGAGAGUUCCAAAGGUUCCAGACUACCCGAGAGAAAAGGUUUUUCCUCACCUCUAUCUUAAAUGGAUGUAUUUUUAUUUUUUAAACAGGAGGAAGCAUCCUCCCCACAUCCACCCCAUCGAGGCCCCACGGGAUCAUGUUUCAAGAAUAGCUGAAGAAAGUUGUCUGCUUCUCUCUCCGGAGAGGUUGCCUGACUUUCUGAGGAUGUUCCUCAUUUCCCGUUUUUAUCUCAGAUGUCCAGCAUUUGCAGUGUUCUGCUCUCAAUUGAACAAGUCCAAAUUUAUAUGCCAGACUCUGCUCUGCAUCUGUUCCUUGAUCCAGGUUUGACAAAGAGCGAUAGAAAUGUAGAGGGGAUUGUGUGUGUGUGUGGGGGGGGGGGGGGGGGAGACACACGUGCCCCUCCCAUCUCCCCGUCAGCAGUCGUUCCCCAGAACCUUUCGCAGCCUUAGCUGAUUGUAAUAUUCUAUUGACCUCUGUACUGUUUCUGUAAAUAGAGACAAUGUUAAAAUAAAUGCUGCAUUUCAGCAGCUGAAUUAUAAUCCACUCUUUGGACAGGAGAACCGAGUUCUGUGGGACAAACCGUCUCCUGGUUACACUCAUCUUGAGCAACGACCUGCUGGAGGAACUCAGCGGGUCGAGCAGCGUCUGUGGGAGGAAAGGAAUGGUCGAUGUUUCGGGUCGAAGUGCUAAAAAGGGACUGAGAGCGGAGAGGUGAGAUGGCCGGUAUAAAGAGGGGAAGGGGAGUGGUGAGAAAGGAGUCCGAGGUGAUUAGUUUUCACGCACCUCCUCGGUCCACCAGUUGCCUCUGCACUGCCGAUAGGUGCUGGAAGUGAGUGCUCCUCCAAGCAGCCCCUAAAACUUGUGGAAAUCCCAGAAAGACCAUAAGCAGACUCGUCUACCACAAUUGCAAUAGAUAAGUAUUCCCCAGCAACAAUGGGACUUCCAUACCAUCAUUCUGGGCUAGAUCCUAGCACAACUGAUAGGUUAGGAAUUGGGAUCCUUCUUCGGCACAGUGGGCCACUCAAAGUGACUGCUCAUUGCUGUGCAAACUCAGCACUGCAUUAGCUACCUUCCAAAAGUGACAUAGCUAACUGGAGAUACUGGGCACCUAGGGACCGAGGUGUACCAGUGCAUGAAUCACAAAAAGCUAGCAGGCAGGUCCAACAAGUCGUUAAGAAGGCAAAUGGCAUUUUGGCUUUUAUUGUGAUGGAGCUGGAGUUUAAAAAUAGGGAGGUUUUGUUACUGUUGUACAAGGUGUUGGGGAGGUCGCACCUGGAAUACAGCAUACAAUUGUGGUCCCCCUACCUAGUUACAUUGGAGGCAGAACAAGGGAGGUUCAUCAGGCUAAUUCCUGGGAUCAGAGGGUUGUCCUAUCAAGAGAGGCUAAAUAGUCUGGGUCUGUAUUCCUUAAAGUUUAGAAGAAUGAGGGGUAACUUUGUUCAAACAUAGAAGAUCCUAAGGGGGCUUGACAGGGUAGACAUUGGGAUGUUUUCAAUAGUGGGAGAGUCACGAACAAGGGGACAUAGUUACAAGACAAGGAACCGGUCAUUUAAAACUGAGGUGCGGAGAAAUUUAUUCUCUGGGAGGGUAGUGAUUCUCAGAAAUUCUCUGCCCCAGAGUGUAGUGGAGGCCAGAUCAUUAGAUAUAUUUAAGGUAAAGGUAGAUAAUUAUUUGGAAGAUCGAGGAAUUGAUAACUGCAGAAUUGGCACAGAAGAGGAGUUGAGGCCAACAGCCAUGAUCAUAUUGAAUAGUGGGGCAGGCUGAGGGGCCUACUCUUGCUUCUAUUCUCUUGUGGCAGUGGAUCUGCCUGCGACAUCUCUCCUUUUAGCCAGAAAUGGUCCUGGAGACUGCAGGCAGGCCAGAGUGGGUGUCCAGUAGUUACAGAGUGACUGGGAUUUCAUCGGAGUGAUCGACUCCCACACUGCAUCUUACCAGACCCACUCCUGCUCCAACCACUGCCAUGAUUUGCCCUUUUGGAGCUGCUAUUUGUAGACUGGCAUACUGUCCUGCAGCAAUUCUUUGAUUGGUUCUGAACACAAUUGGAACUGGGCAGGCACGGUAAUGUAGCGGUUAGCAUAACGCUAUUACAGCGCCAGCGACUCAGGUUCAAUUCCAUUCACUGUCUGUAAGGAGUUUGUAUGUUCUCCCUGUGUCCGCGUGGGUUUCCUCCGGGUGCUCCGGUUUCCUCCCACAUUCCAAAGAUGUACAGUUAGAAAGUUGUGGGCAUGCUAUGUUGGCGCCGGAAGAGUGGCGACACUUGUGGGCUGCCCCCAGAACACUCUAUGCAAAAGAUGUAUUUCACUGUGUGUUUCAAUGUACAUGUGACUAAUAAAGAAAUCUUAUCUCA